UGCGUUACCGAGCGGUCAGAUUCUGCCGCGAUUAGUGCCACAACGUCCAACGAUUCAAUCCGAUCCGCUCCGAUCCGGCACCGGUUUAGCACCAGCUCCUCCGUCUCGCUUUUAUUGCUGUUUUGCUUUUUAUUCCACGAUUCCCAUAUUCAAAUUAGCGAGAUACGUCGUCGUCCGUUAUCAGGGGCUGUGCCUGAACAUUUAUAGUAAGGGCUGUGCCAAAGGCCUUAUUUGAUAAGAAGCAAAAAAAUAAUAAUACUACACCAUAGAGAUCCAUCAGGACCUACACACACAUCUAUAUAUAUAGUAUAUAUAUUUAUUCGAGGAUGCAGCCUGUCAGAAGGAAAAGUCUGCUCUUCAUCCUAAUCGCCGCCGCCACCGUGUGCUCCAUUCGGGGUGACUUAAGUGAGGGUGAAGUCUGCAAUGUGACGAGUAGUAUACCCGGAAUCUGCCGCACCAUCAAUGAUUGUGAGCCUUUGAUUGAUGGCUACAUCAAGUCCGGUGCUUUGAGCCUCACCGAAGUGCCCAGCUGUGGCCUGACCGUCUGGGGGGAGAUCAUCUGCUGUCCCAUCACACCCUGUUGUCCUAAUGGCCCACCCACCAUUACCACCAGUAGCACUACCACCACAACGACAACGUUAAGACCUCGUCCAAGGGGUCCCUUGGUUCGUGCCGAUGUGUCCGAUGAGAUCACGGAUCGUCCAGCUGUGGCGGCUUGCAAAAAGAUGCAGGAGGAGCACCGGCUGAGAAACAUGAACCACACCCGCCUUGUUAUCCAUAUCGUAGGCGGUGUACCUGUGAAUCCCGGCGUAUAUCCCCACAUGGCGGCCAUUGCCUUCUUGACCUUUGAUCGUUUUGAGUUCCGUUGCGGUGGUUCACUGAUCUCAAAACGAUUUGUCCUUACCGCUGCCCACUGUGUCUACACGGAUAGCCUAAUGCCAGCCUUUGUCCGCUUGGGAGCGGUGAAUGUGGAGAUGCCGGACAAGAACUAUGUGGACGUCAAUGUGCGUAAUGUCACCAUCCAUCCAAACUAUGUGGGUAACAUCAAGUACAAUGAUGUGGCCAUUCUGGAGCUGGCCACUGAAAUCACCGAAACGGAUAACAUUCGUCCUGCUUGCCUGCACACGGAUCCCAGGGAUCCGCCCUUGAACUCCACGCUCUUUGUGGCCGGCUGGGGUGUCCUCAAUGUGACCACUCGCGUUGUAUCCAAGAUCCUGCUGCGAGCUGCCCUGGAGCUCGUGCCUCUGGCCCAAUGCAAUAUAUCCUAUUCGGAGCAGCCCGGUGCUGUUCGGAAUUUAAAGGAGGGUGUCAUUGAUUCUUUACUGUGUGCGGCGGACAAGAAACAAAAGGCGGAUGCCUGCCAGGGCGAUUCCGGUGGUCCACUCAUCCGGGAGGUGGACAUCGAGGAUGGCAUCUACACCAUUUUGGGCAUUAUUAACUCGGGCUUUGGGUGUGCCACCAAGACGCCGGGUCUCUACACCCGUGUGGCCUCCUUCCUGGACUUUAUCGAGCGAAUCGUUUGGCCGGAUAAUCAGUUACUGUAAUGGGCUUGGAAUUAAAGCUCCAUCAUACACCAAAAAAAAAAAAAAACAAAAU